AUGGCUCUUCAAGCCACUACUACUACUUUCUGCUUCUCCGGUCAUACUCUCCGAUCAAAUCCUCCCGACUCACUAACUUCAAAGCGUCGCUUCUCCUCCAUCAAAGCUUCUUCAUCUUCUUCUUCAGGAAUCUCUUCUCCUCCGCUUCUCUCGCUUUCACGAUCUAAUCUCAUAGGAAGAGCAUUUUCUAGUGAUGGCUCAACGCAAGAGUCUCCUUCUGUGGUAUGUUUCGGCGAAAUGCUGAUCGAUUUCGUACCGACGACGAGCGGUCUCUCUUUAGCCGAUGCACCAGCGUUUAAAAAGGCGCCGGGCGGUGCGCCUGCGAAUGUAGCCGUAGGUAUCGCUCGCCUCGGUGGUUCAUCAGCUUUCAUUGGCAAGGUUGGUGAAGAUGAGUUUGGUUAUAUGCUUGCUAAUAUUCUGAAGGAUAACAAUGUGAACAAUGAAGGGAUGCGUUUUGAUCCUGGAGCUAGAACUGCUUUAGCGUUUGUGACUUUGACGAGCGAAGGCGAGCGCGAGUUCAUGUUCUAUCGGAAUCCUAGUGCUGAUAUGUUGUUACAAGAAUCUGAGCUUGAUCUUGAUUUGAUUAAAAAGGCGAAGAUAUUUCAUUACGGUUCGAUAAGUCUAAUCACAGAGCCGUGCAAGUCCGCACACAUUGCUGCAGCAAAGGCUGCUAAAGAAGCUGGUGUGAUUCUUUCAUACGAUCCGAACCUUAGGCUCCCGUUGUGGCCGUCUGCAGAGAACGCUCGUGAUCAAAUUCUGAGCAUUUGGGACACUGCUGAUAUCAUAAAGAUAAGCGAAGAGGAGAUUGAGUUUCUAACGAAAGGAGAAGAUCCGUAUGAUGAUACUGUCGUCCGCAAGUUGUUCCAUCCUAAGCUGAAACUACUUCUUGUCACCGAAGGCCCUGAAGGUUGUCGUUACUACACCAAGGAUUUUAGCGGGAGAGUGCGUGGACUGAAGGUGGAAGUAGUGGACACGACUGGUGCUGGAGAUGCGUUUGUUGCCGGAAUAUUAUCUCAACUAUCCCUAGAUCUCUCCUUGCUUCAGGACGAAGAAAGACUGAGAGAGGCUCUACUGUUUGCGAAUGCGUGCGGAGCCUUAACGGUGAAGGAGAGAGGCGCAAUUCCUGCUCUUCCCACUAAAGAAGCUGUUCUUGAGGCCUUACUCAAACCUGUCAUCUAA